AUGUUGAAAUUGUUUGCGAUAACACUUUUCGUGGCUUAUGGCUGGGCGAGCAACGUCUCAGAAGAGGCCUAUGUCGCGGCUAUCAUCCAAGAUGACGACAACAGAUGCGCCGGAGCUAUCGUUAGCGACCAGUGGAUAUUAACUACGGGCCGAUGCGCGAAAUACCUAGAUCUCGCCGUAUCUACAAUUACAGUCGGAACCAACGACCUUUCAAAACUAGGACAAAUUUUCUCAUCACAGGAAGUGAAGGAGCACCCGAAUUAUGUAGACAUUGGGUCGUUUAACUAUGACUUGGCGUUAAUAAAACUGAAUAGUACUAUCAAAUUGGGCCAAGACGCUAAGAUCAUUGAGCUAACUGGAGAAGACAUUAAAGAUAUGGAAAACUUGGCAGUUGCUGGUUGGAAGAGAAAACGCGAUCCAAGUCCUACUACCAAGCUGCAAUUAAUAGAUGUUAUUGGAGUUGGCGACAAUUCUAAGUGCUCCAAGCUAGAGGGCCAAGAUGCUAAAAACGUCUUCUGCUUAGUGGGCGAUAAAAUGAGUGACGAGGAAAAGGUUGCAAGUGGAGGUUACCAGGGUGGCGUCAUCAUGGGACUAAACCACACGCUGAAAGGUAUCGUGUCUGGUUUCAGUCGCCCAGAUGAUCCUGACAGUCUUGGAUUGGCAAUGCGCGUGUUUCCCUUUAAGAAAUGGAUUAUGGAUAACAUUAAGUAA